CUCAAUAUAAGCAAAAUGUCUGAUCCUAACCCAUCACCAACGAUCGAUUAUGGCAGACACACCAAUCGAGCAGACGUUCUGAUUAUUGGUGCUGGCAUCUCUGGCAUGACAACAGCGAUUGAGAUGAUUCGGAAAGGGAAUGGUACCAACUUCAUCAUCGUGGAGAAAGGCAACCAGGUUGGAGGCACAUGGAACGAUCAACGAUAUCCAGGAUGCUGCUGUGAUGUGUGGAGUCACCUCUAUUCUCUCUCCUUCGAGCCGAAUCCGAAUUGGACUCGAGAAUACCCAGGCCAAGAAGAGAUUCUCGAUUACCUGGUUUCUAUUGCCCAUAAGUACCAACUUUACAGACACAUCCGUUUCAACACGUCAGUGGAGGAAGCACGUUGGGACGAGACGACAAACACCUGGAAAACGAAAAUAAAUCGACUGGGCAGCAAGGACUCGGAAUUUGGCAAAGAAUACAUCAUAACAUCUGACUUUCUGGUCUCUGGUGUUGGACAACUGAAUGUGCCAAAGUAUCCCGACAUCAAAGGAAUUGAUACCUUUCAAGGGAAAGCCAUGCAUUCUGCUAGAUGGGAUUGGGAUUAUGAUAUCAGAAAAAAACGUAUUGGUAUCAUUGGCAACGGAGCUACCGCAGCUCAGAUUAUCCCAGAAAUUGCCGAGGCUUGCAAAAGUUUGACCGUCUUCCAGAGGACGCCAAAUUGGGUGGUUCCACGAGAAGACAAGCCCAUAUCUCCCACAUGGCAAUCUAUCUACAGAUAUGUGCCUUUCAUCCGUAGCAGGUAUCGUGCAUCACUGAUGGAUUACCGCGAGUCAUUCUUCGACGUCGUCUUUGAUACCAAGUCGCCUGUUCACGAUUUCAUGAUGUCUACUUCAAAGGAUCAUCUGGCAACUCAGCUUCCAGGGGAGAAACAUGAGCAUCUGCGGGAGCAGCUUCAACCGCACUACGCCAUUGGCUGCAAGCGGGUAAUCAUCACCGAUGACUAUUUUCCUACCUUUGCACGCUCGAAUGUACAACUGGAAACAACAGCUAUCGAAGAGAUCACCGAGAACGGUGUGAAAGUACAAGGAGGGAACGAGCAUGAACUCGAUCUUUUAAUUCUAGCAACCGGCUUCAAGACGACUCAAUUCAUGUACCCAAUCAAAAUCUUUGGGUCAAAUGGAACGCCCAUUGAAGAAAUAUGGAAAUCUGGUGCAUCAGCCUAUCUCGGUAUGACAGUACCUUCAAUGCCAAAUUUCAGCAUGCUUUAUGAAGGUCCAAACACGAAUCUCGGUCACAAUAGCAUCAUCCUCAUGAUUGAGGCGCAAGCUCUGUAUAUCAAUGCUCUCAUCAAACAAGUCAGAACUGCCAGGAAGAAGGGUCGAAAUGUCAGAAUCGAGCCCAAACUUAGCGUUGUACAGGCGUACAAUAACGAAAUCCAAGCUCGACUCAGAGAAUCUGCAUUUGCAGACCCAAACUGCAACUCCUGGUACAAGAAUGAAGCUGGGUUGAUUACCAAUAACUGGUCUGAAGCAGUUGUUCCAUAUCAGAAACGCACAAGCGCAAUCCACUGGGAUGAAUUCGAUAUUUCAGGCAGUGGGGCAGAAGACGUCAAGACGAAGGGGGAAACGAAUUGGCCCAGGGUCAUUGAAGAGACCCAAGUCUCGAAUGGCAUGAUUCUCACCGGUUUAAUCACAGCAGCUGGAGCCAUCACAGCAGGAGCUUUGUACCGGAACGCUCUCAAGACGCUUGUGAAGUCUUGAUUAACUUCGCCUGCCUGAACUUUUGUGUUCCAGCGACCAUAGCUAUCGAAAAUGGAUAAUUUGGAGUUGGCGUCUUGUGUUGUUCCAAGUCCUGGUCUUCUCUCGGCGGCGAGUCCCACUCGUCGCAUCUUCGAUAAGUUCCCAAGCGAUUGUUCUUCCAUGACGUUCAUUCCCUCGAGUCUUUCUCGAUCAUCGUGCGUAAGGUUGUGGUAAUGGGUCUGCCGUGCUUGUCAGAAGUCUCUCAACGAUUCGAGGUUCGGGUUGUCGUA